GUAUGUUGCAGUGGGUACUGUAAAUUUUCUUUGCUUUCAACUGGGAAUCGGUAGAAAGAAAAAAUGACGGCAAACAAGAAAGACACCCUUUGUAUUUUUCUCUCCCUUUCUCAUUCUUUCCCUCGUAAUCUUAGUUUUCAGACAACUCACAGAAGUAUUGCAAAUUGUAACCUGGUUAUUGCUGUCUUCCUAGUAAUCAAAAUUUUCUCUCUCUUCAUUACCUUCCCAUCCACCUUCAGUUUCUGGUUUCAGCCGACUAGUUUGAUCAGUUUUGGCUCGCUAAUUCUGAAGAUCGACUACAAUGAAGAAGGCCAUUGGUCAAACUGUUAGGGAACUUAAAAGAGAAGUAAAUAAGAAAGUACUUAAAGUUCCUGGGAUAGAACAGAAGGUUCUUGAUGCUACCAACAAUGAAGCCUGGGGUCCUCAUGGAUCACUUCUAGCAGAUAUUGCACAGGCUACCAGAAAUUAUUAUGAAUGUCAAAUGAUCAUGACAAUAAUCUGGAAGCGGAUUAAUGACACAGGCAAGAAUUGGCGGCAUGUCUAUAAGGCUUUGACAGUAUUAGAAUACAUCGUGGCUAAUGGGUCAGAGCGAGUCAUAGAGGAAAUCAGGGAGCAUGCUCAUCAAAUAUCGACAUUGUCCAAUUUUCAAUAUAUUGAUUCCAGUGGAAGAGACCAGGGAAACAAUGUCAGGAGGAAAUCACAGAAUCUCAUUCUUCUUGUGAGUGAUAAAGAAAGAAUCAUAGAGGUUAGACAGAAGGCUGCUGCUAACAGGGACAAGUUUCGCGCCAGUUCAACCGGUGGAAUGUACAGGCCUGGUUCACAUUCUAGCAGUGGGUCUUAUGGGGAUAGAUAUGAAGAUGAUCGUUAUGGAAGCAGGGAGGAAGAUAGAAGUGAUCAUGGCUAUGGCAGAGAAAGAGAAUGGGGCUAUAGAGAUGAUGAUCGGUAUAGUCGUGAGGGAGAUCGUUAUGGCAAAGAUAAUGAGGAACGCUAUAGAAGAGAUGGCUAUAGGGAUGACGAGUACCGUAGAAGAAGUGUUGAUGACGACCAAUAUGGCUCAAAAAGUAGGAGCUCUGACAGAGAUCAUGAUCAUAAUUUUGAUGAUGAUGGUCAGCGUUCAUCUCGGUUAGAGCGAAAACUUUCUGAGCAAAAUGUGGGUGCUCCUCCCAGUUAUGAAGAAGCUGUUUCUAAAAGCCCUGUACACAAUGAAAGGGAUGGGGGAAUUUCAGCUGCAUCUGCCCCAAAAGGCUCUUCUCCUGUAAGUAAUAACCCACCACAAACAACUGCUGCUGCCACUACUGCAACAUCUGGAAACCGAGAAGUUGAGGCUUUUGAUGAAUUUGAUCCUCGUGGUCAUCCUGUAUCAGCUUCGCGAGCUCCUGCUAAUAAUGUUGAAAUGGACUUGUUCGGCUCCCUAUCUGAAUCAUUAUCUUCAAAUGCACUGGCUCUUGUGCCUUCUGCAUCAGAAACAACAACCUCUCAAGGCAACGCAAACCUUGAUUCAACUGUGGCCUUUGCACCACCACCAUCUGCUUCUAAUAAUAUCAAUCCGGUGUUUGAAGACCCGUUUGGUAAUUCACCGUUUAAGGCCAUUCCUUCCGCUGAAACUCCUCCGCCUCAACCCCAGAUUCAUCAGAGUCCAUCCCAGCCAAGUGGUUCUAACACAGAAUCAGUCUCCAACUUUGGGUUUGGAGACUCAUUUUCUGCUCCGCCCCAAGCCCGUGACACUCAUUUUUUGUCACCAUCACAAGAAACUGAUAUUCUUGCAGACAUUCUUCCACUUCCGCCAUUACCUGGGACAACUUCGCAGCAGAACAUUUCAGCUCAUCCUGAUGCUCAAGCCUCAUCCUCCUUUUCAGCUUCAUCAGGGCAAAUGGCAGCACAAUCCUUUUUUGCAGAGUCUGGACAACAUGCGCAGCAAGGUUUCUCGGCUGGAACCAGUCAACCUGCCACAGAGGCCGUUUCAGUUCCUGGAGGCCAACUGCUACAAACCCUGUCAUCGAAUCCCACUGGUCAACAACAUACACAGCAACCCUUCCCAUCUCACACCCACCAACCCGUGCAAUCAGGUAGUCAUGUAUAUGGUGGAUUCCCUCCCCAGGCUGGUUCUAUGACUGAAGGAGCUUCCGGCACGUUCCCUCAAACGCAAGGUGGACACGUGAACCAGACCUAUGUACAGGGAUCUAUGGCCCUUAUUCCUGCACACACGGCUCCUCAAGUUUCAAUGGGGCAGAGUGCCAACUAUUUGUCUUCUCAAUCCCCCAUUGAUCCAGCAUCACAGUUUAACAGCGGAAGCUUAAUGGCACAACACCAAGUACAUGCUUUGCAGAAUGCUGUUUCUCAACCAUCCUCCAAGGACAAGUUUGAAACAAAAUCCACAGUCUGGGCAGAUACACUAAGCAGGGGUUUGGUUAAUUUGAAUAUAUCUGGACCUAAAACAAACCCUUUAGCAAAUAUUGGAGUGGACUUUGAUGCAAUUAAUAGGAAGGAGAAGAGGAUGGAGAAGCCCACCACUACAUCGGUAACGUCAACGGUAACCAUGGGUAAAGCCAUGGGAUCUGGUUCAGGCAUGGGCCGGGUUGGUUCUGGUGCUCUUAGACCACCUACCUCAAACCCAUUGGGUAUGGGUAUGGGAAUGAGAAGCUACGGAGGUAUGAACAUGUCUAUGGGGAUGGGUAUGAACAUGAGGGGCAUGGGGCAGAUGCAGCCACCAGCUGCACCUCCCGGAGUGCCUCCUGGGUCUAACAUGCCUGGUAAUUAUAACUCCAUGAUGGGAACAGGUGGUGGUUAUCCUCAAUAUCCUUAUGGCCUUGGUGGCUACCGAUGAGAUUGACCAUUGUACCUAGAUACCAUUACCGAUGUCAGACAAAUUGUGUGAGAUUUAUAGAGCAUUAUACUUAGAUAGUAAUAUCAAAGUGUAUGAGAUUGAUUGAGCAUUAUACCUGGAAGAUAGGAUAGCAUGUCAAUACCUCAUUCGUGGCAUCAUCAUUGUGUACCAGGGAACGGAUCAAAUAUCACUACUAGAGUUUUCACCUUUUUUUUUAUUAACUAGUGGUACGAUGUUUAAUAUGUUA